GCUCCGUACCACACACAACAAAAGGACACUGGCUAGCGGACCACAACUCUCCUGCCACUCGACCCUUGAGCUUGAGCUUGCACUAUGUUUGAUGACUAUGUAGAACACGCUUCGGCGCCGGACUCCGCUCGCAAUCGUGGCUCCCUCCCAGCAGUCCAGUACGAGGGCUUUGAGCCCUCCCCAUACGAUCAGGAUGACAACCGCGCAGACGUCUUCCAAGACCCAGCAGAGGUAGCGCCGCCCGCAGCUCCAAUAUUCCAGCUCGGAGAGGUGCAAUGUCCACUCUCCGCACCUUUGGUAUCCCUCGUCGUCUCCUCCGACUCACUCUACAUGGGGCUCGCCAACAACCUCAUCAUCGAAAUUGAGCUCUCUCGCGCAGAGCAGUUCAUUCGCAUACAAAUACCCCGGAAGCCGACCGAAUUCAGCAUAUACAAGCUAUUCCUUGAUCCCUCAGGACGACACUUGCUCGUUACGUCAAUGCAAGGCGAGAAUUGGUACUUCUAUCGUGGGUGGAAGAAGCCGAAGCAGCUCAAGGGGUUCAAGAUGGUCAUUGAGAGCGUCGCCUGGAACAAGGCCGCCCUUCUGUCCUCAUCCCAUUCAACCUCCACGCGAGAGUUCCUGGUCGGAGGGAGGAAUGGGACGAUAUACGAAGCUGUUCUGGACGCGGAGGAGGACUUCUUCAAAUCCCAAGAGAGGUACCUCCAGCCAGUGUUCACCCUUCCGGAACGCCACCCAGUGACUGGCUUGAAGUUCGACAUGUUCCCCUCGCUCGACCCCAAGAACGCUUUGGUCUUGGUAACUACUGCGACGCGUAUAUACCAGUUUGUAGGUAUUCCCGACAGGCGCUCUGAUGAAGGCGGGCGAGUCUUCUCUGCGUUGUUUGGGAGCUACCGAGAUACUGCACCGAAGAUUGUGGAACUCCCCGGCAACAUCGACUACUCCGAGCUACAUGUAUAUAGCCCCAAUGCGGACCAAGCGUACUCGCUGCCAAAUAUCGUGGCUUGGAUGAACGCUGCCGGUAUUUACCAUGGUGGCUUGGACUUCGAGUUAAAGACGGACGAUCUCAUCGACGGCGCCCAGCUGCUCCCAUAUCCUUCAGUUGCCUCGCCGUCGCUGUCUCCGUCAAAUCGGAAUGCUCUGGCCAGCAAUGUUCCUAUCUCUAUGGCGUUGACCGAGUUCCACUUCCUACUGCUCUAUCGGGACCGUGUUUUGGGAAUCUCAAAUCUGAAUGAGCAGCUUGCGUACGAAGAGCUGCUACCAUUGAAACCCAAUGAACAAGUUCGUGGCCUGACCUCAGACCCUGUCCGACAAACCUACUGGGUGUACACCGACCAAGCAAUAUGGGAAGUCGGUGUGAGCAACGAGCAUCGUGACGUUUGGAAGAUCUACCUGGAGAAGGGCAGAUUUGAUGCUGCUCUACAGUACGCAAACAGCGCAAGCCAGCGGGACCAGAUCACUUCGGCGCAAGCGAAGGCGUUCUUCAACGAGGGGAGGUACUUCCAGGCAGCGCAGUGUUACGCACAAUGCUCCGUGCCGUUCGAGGAGGUCACGCUGAAGUUCUUGGAUGCCGGGGAGCGGGAUGCCUUACGCUCAUAUCUCAUUUCACGCCUUGAGCGCACACGGAGAACGGAUCUCUCGCAACGGAUGAUGCUAGCCACAUGGCUAGUAGAGUUUUAUCUCAGCAAAUGCAACGAGCUCGACGACCUGGUUGCGUCUGAAUCUGUGUCGCAGGAUGUGGACAAUCUCCUCGCGGAACGAGCCAUCCUCGAGGACGAUCUACAGCAUUUCUUCGAGACGUACAAGGCGAACCUCGAUUCGCGGACCGUAUACGAGCUGAUCCAAGGUCAUGGGCGGACGGACAUGUACCUCCAUUAUGCCACGGUGAUCGGCGACUACGAACGCGUAGUUGAGCACUGGGUCAUGGAGGAGGAAUGGACGAAGGCUAUUGAUGUGAUCAACCGACAGUCAAACCUGGAGCUGUACUAUCGGUUUGCACCGGUACUGAUGCGACAUGCACCAAAGGAGACCGUCGACUCGUGGCUGCGGCAGCGCGCGUUGGAUCCCCUUCGUCUCGUACCAGCUCUUCUCAGGAUGCAGCACGCACCCCGAGACCCACUAUCACCGAACCACGCCGUGCGAUACCUGAACCACGUCAUUUUCGAACAAGGCAACACCUCGCCGACCAUCCACAAUCUUAUGAUCACCUUCUACGCGUCGACACCACUCACCUUGGCCAGUUCAUCGACAUCGGCCGACCACCCAGAAGACGAUGGACCGCUCCUCCGCUUCCUCUCGACUGCCCCGUCGGAUCCACUCACAGGCAAGCCCUACUACGACUUGGACUACGCUCUUCGGCUAUGCAAGCAGGGCGGCCGCACACAACCGUGUGUGCACAUCUACUCCAAGAUGGGUCUGUGGGAGAACAGCGUGGACCUCGCACUCGAAAAGGGUGACCUGGAGCUUGCAAAGAUCAACGCGGAUAUGCCCGAGGACGACGACCAGCUAAGGAAGAAGCUUUGGCUGAAGAUCGCGAAGUAUGUUGUGCAAGACAAGCAGGAUAUCAAGAUGGCGAUGCGGUUCCUCGAGAACACCGAGCUGCUCAAGAUCGAGGACAUCCUGCCGUUCUUCCCCGACUUCGUCGUGAUCGACGACUUCAAGGACGAGAUCUGCACCGCCCUCGAAGGCUAUUCAGCGCACAUCGACGCGCUGAAGGCUGAGAUGGACGAGGCAACGCACAACGCGGAGGCGAUCAAGCAGGACAUCGCUGCGCUCCAGAAACGCUUCAUCGCCUUCGACGCGCAGGAGCGCUGCUCGUCCUGCGCGCUCGCGCUCAUGACACGCCAAUUCUACGUGUUCCCGUGCCACCACACAUUCCACGCUGACUGUCUCAUCGGCUUGACGAAGGAGUUCCUGCCCGCACAUGCGCUUCGACGCAUCCUCGCACUCCAAACCGAGCUCAUGAAGACGUCGCACACAACCGGCGUCAUCGACCGUUCGACUAUCGCCAACCCGUCCCUCAUUCCCGCCAGCCGUCAUGCCCACGCUCCCUCACAACGCACCCUGCUGUCCGCCAACUUCGGCGCGCAGGCACUAGUCCCCGGCGCCCGCGGCGCGAACGCGUUCGGGCGAAGCAUGCUGUCCGCGGGAGACCGUCUGCGCGACCUGAUCAUGCCAGAUGCGCUCGCCAGCCUCGUCACCGCGCCAGUGGGGUGGAUCCCGGGUAUCGGGCUGGGCGGGGGCGCGAAGCGGGACGCGGGCGAGAAGGACGCGGAGAAGGCGGAGCGCAUGCGCAAGGAGCUCGAGGACGUGCUCGCGGCGAACUGCCCGAUGUGCGAGAGCGUCGUUGCUGGGCUGGACAAGCCGUUUGUGCAGCAUGGCGAGGUGGACGCGAGUUGGGAUUUGUGAGCUUUGGUGUAUGCUGGAUCUAGGCCCGUCGUAUGAUACCUGCCACACGGCCAUAAUCA